UGUCUGCAGUAGCUUCGACACCACCCCCCAGCGGCCGCACAGGCGCACUGAGCUCCCAACUGCCAUUUUGUGGCAGAGGCUACUCUGCUAAAGCGGGAGAGGGAUUAAAACAAACUGCGAAGAAGCCUGCAUUUCUUACCAGCCUGUUGAACUUUGUAGCACAGACUCUCUGCUUUCGGUCGAGUUAAACGGGAAGAGAAACGCACAAAAAAGAGGUUGUCAGGGACAGACAGGUAGCAGACUUUUGAUUCAGCAAAGCUCAGGGCUGUCAGGCAGCAAAGCAAAAGGGAGAUCAGCUGUAUCACAAUCCUGCAGGCUGCAGCCCAGUCUACAGAAAUCAUGAAAACAGUCAAUUUAUCCUUGCUAUUCCAGUGAGAAAGACUGAUCGGCUGGUCAUUGCCGAUCACCUGACAACCUGCCUGGUUUCAACUGAGGCAUCUCAGUUUCUACCCAGCAUGGACGGAGGGCCGACAGAUGGUGUAGGGGUGGUGGAGCUCCCCACCAAAGAUUUCCCCUCCAUCCAGGCCAUUCACAGCCAUGAUGCCAUGGUCGCUGACCUCCUCCAACAAGCUGCAGAGGCUGGGGGCGUGGUCGAGGGACAAGCAGGAGUCAUCCUGGAACAAGGUCACGGGGAAGGAAUAAUGGUAGCCAGCCAGGCCCAUCAUCAGAUGAUGGAAGCUGGGGUGGGGAUUGGCUUGGAUGGAGCCGGGGUUGAAAUGAUGGUUAUGGACUCACUGGAUCCCACCCUGUUGCAGAUGAAGACUGAGGUGAUGGAUGCUGCAGUGGGAGGAUUAUCGGCGACCAUGGGUGUCAUUGGAGGGGUAGCAGGAGCUGCUCACCAAGCAACUGUAACAACAGUGGACCAGACUCAAAUCAUCACACUACAGGUGGUUAACAUGGAGGAGCAGGCAGCUCUGGGUCUGGGGGAGCUCCAGCUGGUCCAGGUGCCCGUUUCUGCCACCACUGUGGAGGCCCUGCAGCAAGGCACCUUUUUAGACACUACUGCCAUGCCAAAGGACGGCGACCCAGUCAUCUGCCACACCCUGCCGCUGCCUGAGGGCUUUCAGGUGGUCAAGGUUGGAGCUAAUGGGGAGGUGGAGACAGUGGAGCAGGAGGAGGGAUUAGAAGCCCACACUGAACAGCAGGAAGAUGAGGAAGUGGGACACCACUUGCUUGAAGGGGAGGAUGAACGCAUUCAGCCUACGAAUGACGACUCAAACUGGGCUAAAGACCCGGACUAUCAGCCCCCAUGUGGAUCUCUCAGGAAGACCAAGAAGGGUAAAAAGAGUCGUCUGCGUUAUGCUGAAGGAGAUAAGGACAUGGAUGUCAGUGUCUAUGACUUUGAAGAGGAACAGCAGGAGGGCCUUCUAUCUGAGGUCAAUGCUGAGAAAGUAGUGGGCAACAUGAAACCACCCAAACCCACCAAGAUCAAGAAGAAAGGAGUAAAGAAGACGUUUCAGUGUGAGCUGUGCAGCUACACGUGCCCUCGGCGAUCCAACCUGGACAGACACAUGAAGAGUCACACAGACGAGAGACCUCACAAAUGUCACCUGUGUGGAAGAGCCUUCAGGACGGUCACCCUGCUAAGAAACCAUCUCAAUACACACACAGGAACUCGUCCUCACAAGUGCACAGACUGUGAUAUGGCUUUUGUGACUAGUGGAGAGUUGGUUCGCCAUCGUCGCUACAAACACACGCAUGAGAAACCCUUCAAAUGCUCCAUGUGUGACUAUGCCAGUGUGGAGGUGAGCAAACUAAAGCGUCACAUCCGCUCCCACACCGGUGAGCGUCCGUUCCAGUGCAGUCUUUGCAGCUACGCCAGCAGAGACACAUACAAGCUGAAGAGACACAUGAGGACACACUCAGGAGAGAAACCUUAUGAGUGCUACAUCUGCCACGCCCGAUUCACCCAGAGUGGAACCAUGAAGAUGCAUAUUCUGCAGAAACACACAGAGAACGUGGCCAAAUUCCACUGUCCACACUGUGACACUGUCAUCGCACGCAAGAGUGACCUGGGCGUCCAUCUUCGUAAGCAGCACUCAUUCAUUGAGACUGGAAAGAAGUGCCGCUACUGCGACGCCGUUUUCCACGAGCGCUACGCUCUGAUCCAACAUCAGAAGUCCCAUAAGAACGAGAAGAGGUUCAAAUGCGACAUGUGUGACUACUGCUGCCGCCAGGAGCGCCACAUGGUCAUGCAUCGUCGAACCCACACUGGAGAGAAACCAUAUGCCUGCAGCCAAUGUGAGAAGACCUUCAGACAGAAGCAGCUCCUGGACAUGCACUUCAAACGCUACCACGACCCCAACUUUGUACCCACCGCAUUCGUCUGCCCCAAGUGUAGCAAGACCUUCACUCGCAGGAACACCAUGGCUCGCCACUCUGAGAACUGCAACGGUGAGGUGGAUGAUGCCGAGAAUGGAGCUCCAACCCCAAAGAAAGGGAGGAGAGGAAGAAAGAGGAAGAUGAGGAGCAGGAGAGAUGAGGAUGACAGCGAGGAGGAUAAUGCUGAACUGGAUGAUGAUGAUGAGGACGAGGAGGAUGGUGAUGGUGAGGAAGAAGCAUCACCGCUACAGGAUGAGGAGGAGCCAGAAAGCAUGGAACUGGACCAGGCCCCCGCCGCCAUCCCAGUACCAGCUCCCGACGAGCCACCAGUCAAGAGGAAACGAGGCCGACCCCCAAAGAACGCCCCCAAGCCUCCAACUCCCUGCAAAUCUGUCAGGGUGGCUGCCAAGGUGGCUGCUACUGCUGCUGCCAUCAUUCAGGUGGAGGAUGAGAGUACUGGAGCAGUGGAGAACAUCAUAGUGAAGAAGGAAGAUAGCGACCCCUCUGCAGUGACACCUCUGGAGCAGGGAGUGGCCCUGACCGUGGAGGGGCUGGGGCUAGACGGGGAAGGGGUUGAGACUGUUGAGCUGGCUGUGAAUGAGGAAACAGCCGCUGCCGCCGCCAAUGGUGAUCUGACACCAGAGAUGAUCCUCAGCAUGAUGGACCGGUGAACUCGACACACUGCCACCCGUGUAACCGGACUAUGAGUAAAACUGGCAAAUACACAUUAACAUUUCCGCAUCCUUGGCCUACGCCUCAUGUACCAUCUGUGUGAGCUUUUAAUGGAAGCCAUUUUGCCUUCAUUGAAGUGGCUGCAAAACCAACCAUGCACAAAGAAGGGAAGCCGCAUGUAAAUACUUACACACAGUAACUUCACAUCCAUGUACAUCAACUGCACAGCUGAUGUGUGUAGGUCUCACACACACCUGAGUCAACUCCCUCAUCAUAUACAGAUAUCGUCCAAGCUAAUGACAGACAGCUCUCUGCUCUUAAAUGCUUAUUUCAGUUUGAAUGUCUUCUGAAUGAAUCAUUGUGUAUUUUCUACUUGUUUCUACCCAAAGCCACAUCCUGUGUCAGCCUCUACCCACACGCUGCAGUUAAUGUUCAGAUCCCCUCUAUGUUGCUCUGCCAAAAGGACACAUUUGAUCUACCUUCACUUUUCACUUUGAUUUCCUGCUUGCUGUUCUUGCAACUAUGCUGAUUUUGAAAAUACCAAGCCUUUAUAUGUGUAUAUAUAGAUAUAAAUGUAGUUUUUCCUAAUGAAACUUAGUAUAUGGAACUUGAGAUACCACUUGCUCUCAGUCAUAUGAUCUGUAUAUUUUAAGUAUGAUUUUCCUCCUUGUUAACACACGGUCCAUGUUUGGCUGUUUGGACAUUGAGGCUUUUAUAGAAGGAAGUUAAAAGAGGGAUUCUUCUGUAUUCAUGAGCAAACGUGUGCACAGUUGGAUCCAUUCUAAUGAACUGAAGUCAGUGAUAACCGAGCUUGAACUUUCAGCUUUGUCAGCAGUCAACCUUGUUCAGCAGGAAACUUGCCCCUCAGUUCGCUCAUGGAUAUUCUAUACUUGAUAUGGCUGCUAAUUUAGUUUCCCAGCAUCAACAUUGAGAUGACGUAUUUAUUUUUGUCCUACCAUUGGAAGAUAUGUUUUAUUCAUAGGUAAUGUUCCUCCUCCUGUUCCACAUUUUGAAGGAGGCAGUUUGACAUCACGUAAUGUGAAAGAUCCCUGCCGGUUGGAAAAACGGAUAAUCCUGAUUUAGUUGCAAAAGCGUUGUACUAUAGUUGUGAUCUUGAACAUUCCAAAUACUUCAGUUAACAUGAAAUUAUAAUCUAUGCAUUUGAAUCAUCUCACUUAAAGAAAUGAGCCGUAACAAACUCAAGCGUUGUAUUUCAAGAUAAUACCAGUCACUCUUUAUUUUCAUUUUCUAAAAUGUAUUCACUUCCCCGUAAAUAUCUUUCAUGGAUCAGUUAUCAAAGACCAGCUUGUGAAUCAAUGUGUCACUCAAAACUUCUCCCCACAAUAAUCAAUGAUCACCAACUGGUGGUUUGCCUGUAAAUACACAUUUGAAAGCCUUUGCGUUUUGAUUGAUUGUGAACCUUCUUAAUGUUUUUAAAUGCCUGAUUUGGAGAUGCGUUGGUUAAAAUGAACAUUUACAAUUUAAUUUCUGUGGUAAACAUGUUGGUGCCACACCUGGUGGUACUCCCUGUCCUGAGCCUGUAAAGGUGGGUUACCUCUCCAUCAUGCUUUCCUCCUACAGAUGAGCCCCUCCUAACCAACCAAACUGAAUUGAUCUAAUCUGAACCACUAUCAUUUUUCUGUGUGUAUUCUGUUGCUCAUAAUCGUUUUGUGUCUGCUGUUUGCUGAUACACAACUGUUUUCUGUUUUGCAAUUUUCAGUUCGGGUCAAUUUGUAGUUGCCACUGCGUUUCUCUGCGGUUGGUUCAGUGAAGCUUUGUCUUAUUCUGUUCUCCUGAGUAUCUGCUGAAACGCUUUGGCACUCACCUAAAAACUUAUACUGAAUACGUUCAACUAGUAAAUUGCAUGUAAUAACAACAAAACAGCCUUCUUGUUCUUUUUUGACAGGUUUUAUACUGUUUGCUGUACUAUGUGACUUAAUUAGGUAAUCAAGAAGCCCCGGAUGAAGGCCGUGUUAGCCUUGCAGUUGUUAUCCAUUUGCAGCUCAUACUGAGGUACGUCCUCUCCAGGUCUGUUAUCCCUGAUUUGUAUAAAAACACAGGUUGAAAUCGCUUAAAUGAAGGUUGGAACAAAAGGGAUGGUCCAAAUUUUAUCAACUCGUAUGAUUUGAGUCGUCUGACGGUGUUAAUCCUGAGACUUUUCUUGUGAGCUUGACCACAGGUUAUGAUGGUUGAUAUGUGGCCUUCCUUUUAUUACAAGAAGACAUGUUCUCAUUACAUGGAAGUAUUUCCUCUGUAACGUAACAUUGGUUAGAAGUCCAGUAUUGCAAAAGCCAGCUGUAAAGAACCAUGGACACAAAAAGAAAGUAAGAAAAUCAAUGUUUUGUAAGAAUCUUUCAGAAUCAUCAAUUGUGUGACUGUAUUGCUGUGGUCUGAGAUCUCAUUCUGUAAAACAAGAACAAAAUGUUCUGUUAUCAACUUGUGGUGUUAUUGUUCUGCAGGCGGACGGAUGGAUGUUUGACUGUUGUCAAAGCAACAACAGCAUUGUUUUUUGUUUGCACAUUGCUUGUUUGUUUGGGCAGAAAUGAGAGAACGGUUUUAAGAUGGUUUUAAACACAUCCCUGUUUUAAGAUCAAGAAAACAGAAGAAACCUUUGUCAUGUCAUUUUUGAAGAUAAGACACUGUACAGCUGAUAAAUAAAAUCAUCCUAAUGGGCCCAUGGCUGAAUGAA